GCAUAGAAUCUUUCACAAAAAAGUGUUUUACAUUAAUAGCCAUUCCUCUUUUGAAUUAAGUUGGGAUAUUUUCGAGCUCACAAAAUUCUACGAUAAAGCCAAUUAAUGCCAGUAGCGGUUAUCUCUGUCUCUUUCUCGUCACCCUCCGCCGUCAAGCUCCACCGCGCCGCCGCCAGGAUGCUCUUCUCGUCGUAGCUAUUUCAACUUCUGAAGCCUUUGGAAGGGGUGUUUGGUUGAUCUAGGAAAGGUAGAUUUGGGGUUUUAGGGAAAUAUGGCCUCAACUUCAAGGGGAUUUGCAUCAAGAAUGGGAUUUUGGAAAUUCUCUAACAUCGGUUUCGUUUUGAACGUCUCCAAAAUCCUCUAACAUUUGCUUGUUUCUAGUUACUAUUUACUCUAUAGUUCUAAGCUAAAAUGGAGGUAAUGCCAAGGGGGUGGAUGGAUGAUAUGGACCUAGUACAAAUGGAUAAUGUUGUGCAAGCCAUGAAUCUGGAUAAUUCAUUUAGUAAUGUUUCUGAUCUCAUGAAUUUUGAUGCAUAUGCUCAAUGGUGCGACAACCCUUAUAAUUUAGUUGAGCCGAUGAAUCCCUCUUUCAUCUCGUCCCCGCUUAGUAGCACGUGUGCAAGUUUUUCACCUUACAACGGGUUGAACUUCAUUAGUUCAAAUGAUUCAGGAAUUCCCAUUGUGGAUGAUGGGGAUGUCAUGGAAAAUUCAUCCUUUAGUAGAGAUCAACUAGUAUUUCCAAUAGAUUCUAGUGAUCAUGGUGUUGGGAAGCUGGUGAUCCCAAGACCUCUUAUGUUGCCACUAGCUGAGAGAAUGCUCAGAGUAAUGUAUCUACUUAAGGAGUCGUCUAUAGAGGGAACAUUAGCUCAAAUUUGGGUCCCAGUGAAGAGUGGGAACGAGUACAUCUUAAGCACGCGUGAACAACCUUGUCUAUCGGACCAUCAGCUUUCUGGAUACCGUGAAGUGUCUCAGCUAUUCACCUUUUCAAUAGAAUCAAAACCGGACUCUUUCCUUGGGCUUCCUGGUCGUGUUUUUACAUCAAAGACUCCAGAGUGGACCUCAAAUGUCAUGUACUACAAUAAGACCGAGUACAUGCGAAUAAAACAUGCUGUUGAUCAUGAGGUUCGAGGAUCUAUUGCCUUACCUAUUUUCGAAGAUGAUUCACUUGAAAGGCCAUGUUGUGCAGUGCUAGAGCUGGUUACAAAGAAGGAGGAGUACAAUUUUGAUUUAGAAAUGGAAUAUGUUUGCCAAGCACUAGAGGUUAUGAAUCUAAGGACCAAGGUGCCUCUUAAGCUUUAUCCCCAGGCUCUCUCAAAGAACCAAAGAGCAGUUUUAGCUGAGAUAAAAGAUGUUUUACACAUCGUUUGUCAAACACAUGGAUUGCCUCUUGCACUAACAUGGAUCCCGCGUAAAUAUGUAGAAAGAGUUGAUGAAGAAACUAUGAGAGCACGUUCUAGGGGAUAUAAUGCAGGUCUUAAUAAGAAAUGCGUUCUUUGCACUGAGGAUGCUGCGUGUUACAUAAAUGACAAAGGUAUGGAGAGUUUUGUACGUGUAUGUGCAGAGCAUUAUCUUGAAGAAGGACAAGGUAUUGUCGGGAAAGCACUUCAAUCAAAUCAACCAUUCUUCUACCCAGAUGUAAAGGAAUACCAUGUCAAGGAUUAUCCACUUGUUCAUCAUGCUCGUAAAUUUGGACUAAAUGCUGCCAUCGCAAUCAGAAUAAGAUCUAUCUACACUGGUGAGACUGACUAUAUACUGGAGAUCUUUCUUCCUAUCAACAUGAAAGGAAGUGUAGAGCAUCAACUCUUGCUUAGCAACCUCUCGAUUACCAUGCAAAGGAUCUGCAAGAGUUUGAGGACCGUGUCAGACGAUGAAUUGCUCAACACAGAGGAUUCUAAAACUAAAUUACCAGAUAAUAAUGUAGUGGAAUCUCCAUGGGCAAGAACAUCAUCAAGAACUAGUUUUGGACGAUCACUUAUUAAUGGAGAGUCAAACCGUGUGACAGGAGCUCAUUGUUCCCAUGAUCAGCCAAUUGUUGUUGGAUCGAAGAAAUUGAUGGAGAAAAAGAAGAGAAGCACGACUGAAAAGCAUGUCAGCUUCAGUGUUCUUCAAAAAUACUUCUCGGGAAGCCUUAAAGACGCUGCAAAAAGUAUUGGUGUUUGCCCUACCACUCUUAAAAGAAUAUGCAGACAACACGGCAUCCAGAGGUGGCCAUGUCGUAAGAUAAACAAGGUGAGCCGAUCUUUGAGGAAAAUACAAAGUGUGCUCGGCUCUGUUGAAGGAGGACUUAAAUUUGAUACAACCAUCAAGGACCUAGUGGCACCUACGCAAAACCCUUCAUUCGAAAACUCAUGUUUAUCAAUCCAGAACGUGCUACCAUCGUCUUGUUUGACCACCGUGAAAUUGGAACAAGAGACCGACAAUCAAUUCCAAAUCUACGAUUCAAGAUUAGCGGCAAUUGAAGCCAAGCUGUCGAGUCCAAACUCCAGAAAGCGGGCAAGGCAAAAGGAUGGUAGAGUCGAACAUAUCAUCCCAAUUUCCUCUGACUCAUCUAGUGGAUCGGGAAUUGCUUCAACGAUGAAAGGCAACUCAUCAAGCUCUCCGCAAGGCAUUUCACCAACCGAUACAUGCCAUCAAGAUAGUUGGUCUAGAGUUGCAAUCAAAGCUACUUAUAAAGAAGAUACAAUUCGGUUCAAAUUCAAGGUUGCAGCAGGAUGCUUGCGCCUCUACGAGGAGGUAGCAUCGAGGUUCAAUCUACAUACGAGGCAGUUCCAACUUAAGUAUGUUGAUGACGAAGAUGAAUGUGUGAUGUUGGUGAGCGACUCUGAUUUAGUCGAGUGCCUUGAGGUUUUCGACUUUAUGGGCAAAUGGAGCGUGAAGAUCAUGGUUUGCGACAUGCCUAGCGCCUCAAGAGGCAGUUCAAGUGGUAGCACAUCUUGCUAGAUCGACAAAUGUGGUCAAAGUAUACGAAGAGAUCGGGUUGGUUUUUAGCUUGAGCUUGUAGAGUUUGUUGAGAGUUUUAGUAGUUGCUAAUUACUAAAUUAAGAAAUGAGUUUUUUCUUUUUUCUAUUGAAGGAAAUAAAGAUGAAGUUGCAAGUUAUAAGAAUAGUUAGUAUAAGUAGAGUUGUUUAUC